AUGUCACCAUCUAGUUUUAGCGAGAUGAUCGUUGUUUUGUUGGUGAUGGUCAGCAUCUUACGGGCACUCCAUGCAGCGUGUCCUCCCGGCUGGUUGACUUGGCAAGACUCCUGCUACAUCUUACUGCCUCAGAAGAUGAAUUGGUUCGAUGCUUCGAAAGCUUGUGACCGGCCCGGGGUCAGUCUUGUUUCCACAAACUCAACGGAAGAACACAACUUUUUAUGGGGAAACAUGACUAAAUGGAUGACAGAAUUUGGCGCCAUAAGUAGAAGUGAUCUGCAGCUGUGGAUCAACUGCUACCGCGAUAGCAACAAGCAGCCAUUUAUAUGCUCAGGUUAUGAUGGAAUUUUGAGUUUCAGAAAUUGGGACGACGGCGAACCAUCAGACCUAUUUAACGAGGAGUGCGCAAGAAUGGCAAAGAGCAUCGGAGGGAGAUGGGCAGACGGUUAUUGUGAUUCCAAAUAUUUUGUCGCUUGUGAAAUGUCGGCUUUUGCGUACGGAUGCCGUCAGUCAAGCCGCCGUUACAAACACAUACCACAGCAGUGUCUGCUCAACCAUCAGAUCAAGAGCUAUCCGGUCAAGGAGUCCAUUGGGUGUGGUCAGGCAUGCUGGGCGGAGCCUCUCUGCCGCUCCUUCAAUCUCUUGAAGCAAGAUGGCAUCAAGCCGAUCUGUCAGCUCAACCAUGCCAGUCGCAUGGAUGCUGACGGCACUGAUAUCAAGUACGAGGAGAACUGUUACUUGUAUGAGCCGUAG